UAAAAUAAGAGUUUGAUUUAAGUCGAAAAAUGGCCUUGUUCCCAAAAAAAUUUUUUUAAAAUAAAUCUAUUUCGUAGAUUUAUCAGAGAUUAAAAUCGGAAUUAUUUUGUAAUACCACCCGCCGAUUUUCGGAAAUUCUAAAAAUCAGGUAAUUCCGGCUUUUAUGAUAGUUUUGAAAUAUCAUGACAUGCGUACGUGAUUAUCUUUCGGCAUCGAAUUUAAAUCUUAAAGCAAAUAAAAUUUUCAUCAGCGCCACUUGCGAGUCAAUAUAAGAUGUUUAAUCAGCACUACGUAUUUGAUAGUAUAAAAAGCCUUUGUUCGUUCAAAGAAUAGAGGAUCUGCUUGCCAUUAAAUUAUUACCUCUUGCUGAAAAAAAGACAGCAAACAGACGGAUUAUAUCACUUUUUACUGUGCCCUUUAUAUUUGCAAUCUUUCGAAAUUUACAGUGUGAUAAAGGCUAGUGUAUAUAUACCAGUAUUUUAUCGUUUAGCCAUCAUUAUCUGUUACACAUUUUACGAAAUUCUUCACGAAUCUCAUUCGUCUAGUGAAAAUGAAGAUCGGUGUUCUUUUCUUAACUUUAGCGGUUUCUACGAACGCGUAUCAAGAGGGAAUUGUAAUGUAUAACCACGAUCCAGAAAAAGUACAUCAUCCUGAUGGUGAACCGAUGAUAAUAGAUGAUUGGGACGUUGGAGCAACAACCGCAACUGGUUUUCAUCCAAACACACUAAAUUACAAACCUGUUAUAGUCCGCAAGGGAAAUGGAUUAGUUCGGAGUGUAACUCCGGAUGAAUUGAACAAACUCCUAACGGAUCCUACAUUCAGAAUACCCGGCCCACGUAGUGAUCAUGUACCCUAUGAAGAGCAUUAUGCUGAACGAUCAAUUGGGUCACAUAAUACUGGAAACCCGUAUGGUCAACAUCUUGGCGGAAUGACACAUGUCCAUUCUUUUGGUGUAAGUCAACAUGAACAACCCUAUGAACUUUCCGAACAGAUUUUUGGUAGAACUCCACAUCAACAACAAUAUGCUGGAAGUCCACGUUUCCAACAUGGUGCAAGUCCAGUUCCCUUACAUGGUGGUGCAAGUCCACGUUUGCAAUAUGGUGCUGGAAGUUUUCCUGGUGGUGCUCCUGGACAUCCUAUACAAGCCCAGCCAUCUGCUGCAAUUCCAAAUAGACACAUAACUUCCGAAAGUCGAUCAAAUAGCGAACUUUCUGUUGGAAGUCGAGGUAGUCAACGUAGUCGCGGUUCUCGUGGAAGUCAAAGUAGCCGUCAUGUUGGUGGAAUUCCCAAUUUGCAUCAACCUGGAGAUGCAAAUGCAGGACCGGGUGGAAUUCCAAAGAUCCCACGUGGAAGUCCACAUGUCCAAUUUGCUGGAAGUGGAAGUCUCGAACAGUUUGCUGAAAGUCCACGUAGCCAAAACUCUGGUGCAAGUCAAGGUAGCUACCGUUCUGGUUCUGUAAGACAAAAGAGCCGUCUUGGUCCUGGAGGUAUUCCUGCAGGUCAUCCUGGAAGUAUGCCUGUUGGAGGUUCACAGCCCCACCAAUUUUCUGAACAUCCAAAUCCGCACAUAACUUCCGGAGGUCGAUCAAAUAGCGAACUUUCUGUUGGAAGUCAAGGAAGUCAAGGUAGUGAAGGUAGUUUAGGUAGUCAGGGCAGUCAUGGCAGUCGUAUGAGAAAUCCUGCUGGAAGUGGACAACCACCUCAAUUUCCUGCUGGUCAUGGACAGCAACCUGAAUAUCCUGGUGGAUAUCCAUAUGAGGGAAGUUAUGCUGGAAGUCAGGAUGGCUACGAUUCUGCCGGAAGCGGAAGGAGUCACAAUUCUGCUGGAAGCGGAAGGAGCCACAAUUCUGCCGGAAGCGGAAGGAGUCACACUUCUGCUCAAGCUUCAAAGGUCCCUACGCCUUCUGGAGAGAAAAAAUCCAAAAAAAGUGCGUUAUCUAACCUAUUUAAAAAGAUUAAGUUGGGUUCUAGCAAAAAGCCGUCGUCAUAGUUUUUUUAAAACUUAUAGAUACCUCUAAUACAAUCAUUGUUGGUUUUAAAUCUAAAUUAGUGAAAUUUUUAUUAAUAUUUGGUGAUAGUUUUUAGUUUGCUUAUAGGAGAUAUUUAAUAAUUUAAUAGUGGAAAAUUACGAAUUACGUGUUGAAAAUAUAUAAAUUUAUUUUAGGCUGUAUAUCUUAAUUAAAAGAAUGUUGUAAAAAUGUCAAGUGUGACAAGUAGAAAAGAUUCUUAAAAGAAGAUUGUGCAACGUUUUGUGAAACUCAGAAACAGGCUACAUCAUUAUCAAGGACAUUAAAUAUUGAUAAAUUAUUGAUUUUAAACUGAAAAA